AUGGCGCCAAUUAGGGAUGACACGGUCACCGACCUGAAGGAUCUCGUUGCAAAGCUAGAAAUCCGAGUCCGACAGCUGGAGGACCGGCUUGGACGUGAUGGGGCCAAACCGAGAACACCUUCACAGUCGAUGAGAAUGAUUUUGAUGGGCCCCCCAGGCGCAGGCAAGGGAACGCAAGCACCCAAGAUUAAGGACAAGUACUGCGUCUGUCACCUGGCCACAGGAGACAUGCUCCGCGCCCAGGUCGCAAAGAAGACGGCACUCGGACGAGAAGCCAAGAAGAUUAUGGAUCAAGGCGGGCUCGUCAGCGAUGAUAUUAUGGUCAACAUGAUCAAGUCGGAACUGGCUACCAAUCAAGAAUGCGCCAACGGAUUCAUCCUCGACGGUUUUCCGCGAACUGUGGCCCAAGCCGAACGCCUCGAUCAGAUGCUGAAAGAACAACAACAGCCCCUCAAACACGCCGUCGAGCUCCAAAUCGACGACAGUCUCCUCGUUGCACGUGUUACUGGCCGACUCAUCCACCCAGCAUCUGGACGCACAUAUCACAAGAUCUUCAACCCCCCCAAAGAACACAUGAAAGACGAUGUGACGGGCGAACACCUGAUCCAAAGAACCGAUGAUAAUGCGGAAACGUUGAAGAAACGGUUGGGGACAUAUCACGCACAGACUGCUCCAGUGGUGAGUUAUUACCAGAAGAAGGGCAUCUGGUCUGGUGUCGACGCGAGUCAAGAGCCCGGUGCGGUGUGGAAGAGCCUGCUCGGUGUUUUUGGUGAGGAAAAACCAGCUCACACUGGAAUGGGGAGCAGCAUUCUGAGCAAGAUUGGACUGAAAUCGUAG